AUGCGUCUUUCAGCCGAAGCUACCAUCACAUUGAAAGAGGAGGAUGAGACUGGAGAUCUGAUUAACACCGAAGAGGGACCAGACUCUCACUCUGACAGCGGGGAGAGUCCUUCAGAGGAACCAGAUGCAGAGACGUCCAAACAAGCGAGACGACACCACUGUUCCCAGUGUGGAAAGAGUUUUACUCAGUUAAGGGGCCUGAAAAUGCAUAGGAGAAUACACACAGGAGAUACACCUUACCACUGUAUCCACUGUGGAAAGAGUUUUAGGUGGUUAGGGAGCCUAAAGGACCAUAAGAGAAUACACACGGGAGAGAAGCCUCACCACUGCUCCGAGUGUGGAAAGCGCUUUACCCGAUUACUACAUCUGACAUCACAUCAAAGGACACACACAGGAGAAAAGCCUUUCCCAUGUUCCCAGUGUGGAAAGGGUUUUACCCAGUUAGGGAGCCUGAAGGAGCAUGAGAGAAUACACACAGGAGAAAGCCCUUUCCCAUGCUCCCAGUGUGGAAAGAGUUUUACCCGUUUAAGGAGCCUGAAGGGGCAUGAGAGGACACACACAGGAGAAAGGCCUUUCCAAUGUUCCCAGUGUGGAAAGGGUUUUAACCGGAUAGGGAGUCUGAAGGAGCAUGAGAGGACACACACGGGAGAAAAGCCUUUCCAAUGUUCUCAGUGUGGAAAUAGAUUUACCCGGUUAGGGAACCUGAAAGGGCAUGAAAGAAUACAUACAAAACCACAGGAGGAGGAGAAGAAAUACCACUGCUCUCAUUGCGGAAAGACAUUUUUCCGAUCAGAGGACCUGAAAACACAUGAGAGAAUAGAGAGGCUGUGUACUGACUUAAGUUUUUGACUGAGAAUGUGUGUUUUGUUCAUGCCACAUGAAAUCAAAUUGUAAAUGCAAAAGCUUGCUAAGAAAUAGGCCUACAUUUGUUUUUCAUUUUUAACCUUGAGACAUACAGGGUGUUUCUCAAUAUGCAUACGUUCUCUUGAGUACUUUCUUGUGAGGAUGAAUGUGGAGAAGGCAUAAAACAUUUGAUUUGAGAAGCAAUCGCACUCCCCGUACUGUAUUACCUCACGCUGCAUCUCCCCAUUCACUGAACCUUCUUCCAGCCAGGACAAUGGAAACAAUAGAGACGAAACAAGAAAUACACAAAGCAAAAGUUUUACUUCAUAAUUAUCAGCUAGAUAUGUGUGAAUCGUAAUCCAACUAUCCAUCUAGCUAGUAAACAGGCAAAAAUGAUCUAAAACGAAUGUUAUGCAAGGUAGAUGUCAAUUCUUCAUGGCUUGCUAGCUAGCCAGUUAGUCCUAUUGACUUACCCAUUCACUGAACCUUGCUUUUUAUAGGCAGGACAAUGGCAAGAGACAAAACAAGAUAUACACAAAGCAAACGUUUUACUUCAUAACUAUCAGCUAGCUAUAUGUGAAUCGUAGUAAUAUAGCUAACCAGAUAGUAUAACAAGCAAAAAUGACCUAAAACCAAUGUGAUCCAAGGUAGAUGUCAAUUCUUUGUGGGUAGCUAGCUAACAAUUUGUGGCUAUCUGGCUAGCUAACAGUAGUAGCUAGCCAGUUAUCUCUAUUGAUUUACUAUGGGCUUAGGACCUACGCACACUACAGUGGGUAUUGUAGGCGGGUAAUCAUGCCAAAAUUAACACUGCGUGUAUUUAUUAACGUAGCAAGAUAAAAUAUUGCAGCCAGGCAACAUAUGAGAUGUGAAUAGGCAACAUUUCAUUCCGAAGGCAGAGUAUAUUUUCUCUUUCUUCAGCUCAAAUAAUGGUCGCCAUUGAUUUCAAGAAAGUAUUCACAUCCCUUGACUUUUUCCACAUUUUGCUGUUACAAAGUGAGAUUAAAAUGGAUUUAAUUGUCA